AUGGCACAGUACGGCAAAGUUACUUACUGGGAUGAACGCUACACCAAAGAUUCGGAACAAUUUGACUGGUACCAACGCUACGAAGGCUUGAAAGCGUUACUAAAUCAAUAUGUCAAAAAGACCGACAAUAUCCUGAUGGCAGGUGCUGGUAAUUCCCGACUAUCGGAAGAAAUGGUGAACGACGACUACCAGAAGCUCAUGAACGUGGACGUGUCAGAAAUUGUCAUUCAACAGAUGGCUACCAAGUACAAAGACCAGGCUGAGAAGCUACAAUGGCAGAAGAUGAACAUGUGUCUACUAGAGUUUGCAAACGAGACGUUCGAUGCUGUUGUGGACAAGGCUACAAUGGAUUCGAUCCUAUGCGGUGAAGGGUCGACAGCCAAUGUGUCAAAAAUGUGCCAGGAGAUUUACCGGGUACUUAAGCCCAAUGGUGUCUACUUUGUCGUGUCCUACGGUGUCCCAGACAACCGACUGAGCUACUUGGAGAACAAGGAGAUGCAGUGGAAGGUUACCGUGCAUACGGUGCCGAAACCAACAGUGAGUGCCUUGCAAGUCUCAGAAGCGGACGCCAAUGCCGUGCACUACAUUUAUGUGUGCCAGAAAGGCAUUAAAGCUGAGUAG